GUUUAAUCGUCUUACAUCUUUGUGAUCCAGCUUCUUCUGUUUUAUUUUCCAAUAUUUCCGAUAACAAGGAAUCAUUAUACUCGUUGUCGAGUUUUUCAGAAAAGGGAGGCACGAUGGCACCCGCAGUAAGACCGUUGAUCAAAUAUAAAAAUGUCAAGAAGCGAACAAAAAAGUUUAUACGGCAUCAGUCAGAUCGUUAUCAUAAAAUCAAGACGAGCUGGAGAAAACCAAAGGGUAUUGAUAACCGUGUGAGGAGACGAUUCAAGGGACAGUAUAAAAUGCCUAAUGUCGGUUAUGGUACUAACAAAAAAACAAAACAUCUGAUGCCCGAUGGCUUUCAUAAGUUUCUUGUUCACAACGUCAGAGAGCUGGAAGUGUUGAUGAUGUCAAACAGGAAGUACGCUGCCGAGAUCGCUCAUAAUGUGUCCAGCAGGAAAAGGAAAACGAUCGUGGAACGUGCACAGCAAUUAGCCAUCAAAGUUACAAACGCUAAUGCCAGACUUCGUAGUGAAGAAAAUGAGUAAAUUUGUUCCAUGUAUUGCUGUGUUUGUUGACUGUAUUAAAAUCUAGCAAUUACACCGGCA